UUCUGUAGCGCUUUGGAAACUUGAACCGGAAGCUUUUCUGGUGUCAACCAGCUUGUCUGAAGCUGCAGUGUUGUUGUUGCUAGCGCUUUAGCCGCUGCUCUGUUCUUGUCAUGUCACUAACGGCAAAUUUACCGUAAACACACUGUCACAAACAAACAUUGUUUUUAAGCGUUCGCCUUUGUGGAGGGGUAAGAAGAUAAAGCUGUGGCCGGGGAGCCGAAAAGUGAGAUGAAAUGACAACGUCGACACUACAGAAAGCGAUUGAUCUCGUCACCAAAGCCACAGAGGAGGACAAAGCGAAGAAUUAUGAGGAGGCUUUGCGAUUGUACCAGCAUGCUGUGGAAUACUUCCUGCAUGCCAUCAAAUAUGAGGCCCACAGCGACAAAGCCAAGGAGAGCAUACGUGCCAAGUGUAUGCAGUACCUGGACAGAGCGGAGAAGCUCAAAGACUAUCUGAAGAACAAAGACAAGCAGGGCAAGAAGCCCGUCAAGGAGGCACAGAGUAAUGACAAGAGCGACAGCGACAGUGAGGGAGAAAACCCAGAGAAGAAGAAACUGCAGGAGCAACUUAUGGGUGCCAUUGUGAUGGAGAAGCCCAAUGUAAGGUGGAAUGACGUUGCUGGACUGGAGGGAGCAAAAGAAGCUUUGAAGGAAGCUGUUAUCCUGCCCAUCAAGUUCCCUCACCUCUUCACAGGCAAGCGGACUCCGUGGAGAGGCAUCCUUCUGUUCGGUCCUCCAGGGACGGGGAAGUCCUACCUGGCCAAGGCCGUGGCCACCGAAGCCAACAACUCCACCUUCUUCUCCGUGUCCUCCUCUGACCUCAUGUCCAAGUGGCUGGGAGAGAGCGAGAAGCUGGUGAAGAACCUGUUCGAUCUGGCGCGUCAGCACAAACCUUCGAUCAUCUUCAUCGACGAAGUGGACUCGCUGUGCGGCUCCAGGAACGAGAACGAGAGCGAGGCGGCGCGCCGCAUCAAGACAGAGUUUCUGGUCCAGAUGCAAGGUGUUGGCAACAAUAACGAUGGUAUUUUGGUGCUUGGAGCCACCAACAUCCCCUGGGUGCUGGACGCUGCCAUUCGCAGAAGAUUCGAGAAGAGGAUCUACAUCCCUCUCCCGGAGGAGCCGGCCCGGGCCCAGAUGUUCCGACUUCACCUUGGCAACACGCCGCACAGCCUGAGCGACGCCGACCUCCGCGAGCUCGCGCGCAAAACGGACGGCUACUCGGGCGCCGACAUCAGCAUCAUUGUUCGGGACGCGCUCAUGCAGCCGGUCAGGAAGGUCCAGUCGGCUACUCACUUUAAAAAGGUUCGUGGUCCGUCCCGAAGCAACAACCAGGUGAUGGUGGAUGACCUCUUGACCCCGUGUUCCCCUGGAGAUCCUGCAGCCAUAGAAAUGACCUGGAUGGAUGUGCCUAGUGAUAAGCUACUGGAGCCCAUAGUUUGCAUGUCGGACAUGUUGCGCUCUCUGUCCACCACGCGUCCCACAGUCAACACCGAAGACCUGAUGAAGGUGAAGAAGUUCACAGAGGACUUUGGGAUGGAGGGUUGAGGGAUGCCGGCCCCGGAGGCUCAGACCUGCUCCCAGUAACGCCACUCCUCUUCGUCCUCCUCCUCCUCACCGCUGUGUAGGCUUCCAUCUCUCAGACUGGUUGACAUCCUCCUGAUCUGACGUCUGUUAAAGCAGGCCACGAUUAUAGAACAUCCGAAGGACGUUUUCCAAAUGCCACAUUAGACAAAUCUGUGUGGUUUUUUUUGUUUGCUUUUUUUUGGUAGUUGGACAGUAGAUCUCAUGUCUCUCGCCCUCAUUUCUGAUGAUGUAACCCUGCAGAAUCUUCACUACAUGAACUCGGCUGCAUUUUACGCUGGGAAACGCUCCAAGUCCGCCCCGAGCCGACCCGCUCUACGACUGAAGGACUGUACGUUUUGUCGCCGUCGUGCACUUUGCUUUGGAUCCACAUGAAGGACCCUGAUGACUGAAGGUGAAGCAGAAGUUUAUAAUUUCCACCAGGCAUGCAAGCGUGUGAAUGCAUCUCAGUGUUUUUAUUGUUAAACGUGCGUGUCUUAAUGUUUCUGUUUAAAUGUCAGGAGCCGGUUGUUCGCGUAUUUAAUGUUGAAGCGUGUCUGGCUCAGGCCUGCAGCUGCAGGCUGGUAGCAAUCUGACCGAAGUGUUUUACACAAGAGAUGUGCCUGACUGGGAGAAAAACGCCUCUAGUUUUUAUUAUUCCUAAUCCUAGGAUGAAAAAUGGAAGGAUUUUCUGGUCUUCUUUUGUCACGUUGUAACAAAUCAAAAUAUUUGAACUCUAAAUUUAAAGAAAAAAAGUUCAUUUGUUUUAGCUUUAUCAGUGGAAUAAUACAAAUUAUUUUUCUGCAGAUUGAAAUUUUUUUUUUUUUUUGAGCUUCAGUUUUUUUUUUUAAUCUAUUCUCAUUUAACUUUAUACCAGAAAAAAAGGAGCUUUGAAACUUUGAAAUUUUGGCGUUUUGCCUGCAAAAUGUCCCGAUUCUUCAGUUUAUCCGAUCAGACUUUUUCUGGCCUAUAGGAAUUUCUGGUGGCACAUUAUACAGAUUAUACAGCAGAGUUGAUGGAGGUCAUAGUUUUAAAUUAGGGUUUCACAAAUUCCAUAAAAUAUGAUAUUAGGUUUGAACCCAAAUCUUCCAGGCACUUUUCUUUCUUUACCUUUUACACACAGACCUCAUCACUCUGUGAGUUUUAUUUUGUUUCUGGCAAUAAACGGAAGAAUGAGAGUCCACCCAGCUCAUUAAACAUGGAUAAACAUGGAACGAAAGCCAGAAACUUUAAAGAUAAAAUCCUACCAAUGAUUGCUUCCGACAGGUGCGAUUGCCGAUAUUGCGAAAACGAUUUGAAAAAUCAUGCAGCUCUACUUUGAAUCCUACGAUUUUCCAGAAUUUAGGCAUAAAAAUCAGAUUUUUCAGAAUAAUUUAGGCAUUUUGAGGUCAAACUCAAAAUAAUCUAAUUUUGACAAUUAAAAGAAAUCUUUCAUUUGGAAAUAACCUGAAGCAGUCAUUAGGUAUUGCAGUUACCGUUUGGGGUAACAAAUGCCAAUGUUUUUACAUUUUGGAUAAAAUAUUUAAUUGCAUCUCAUUACAGCUGAACCAGAACAAUCACUUGAUUUUUAAAACCUUGUCAACGCCCACGAAGGAGACCCUGUCCGGCACAUCUCUGAGAUUUCCCUGCACAUGUAGUGUUAACCUUAUUUAUGAUUAUUCGUCACCUCGGUAGAGAAACAGUAUGUUUACAUUUGAAGUAUUACCUUUCUUGCUGAUUUAGCACCUUUGAAAGGCCUAAUUGAUUUUUUGGAUUGUUUUUUUUUUGCUUUUUGGGAGAGAAAUCCACACUAAUUUUCCUUUGAGAUGCUGUCGUCUAGUUUUGUUUUCAGUCAUCUUGGUUGCUAGGAGAGCAGCUGGACGUCUUCAUCGACUCUUGACAUCAGGACUCCAAGCUCCGUGUGUCCUGACUGAGCGAUGUGGUGAAUUGAUAACUCAGCGCUACAGUAGUACAGCUCUGUGUUUGUCCAGGUACCUUCUGGUUCAGUGGGAGCUUAGUUAACAAAAUCCCUGGUGUGGGGAAAUAACCUGCUGCUGGCUGUGUAACCAUUACAACUAAUUUAACCGGAGUUAAUAAAAACUGACAUUUCAAAUGAA